AUGCCACCAAAAAUUCGCAAAAGGGUCCAGAAACCUUUAAAGCAGGAUUUUAAAUCGAAAAUGGCUCCUCAAGGUGGAGCUUAUGUCCAUUCCAGUCCACCCAGAGCCGUGACAUUAAGUGGAUCAACGGGAGGAGUAUCCAACAUUACGUCUUCAGGACAAAUUAGGCAAUGGCUGAGGAAUGGAGAUAUUCCAUCUCUUGAGCAGUUAGUACUAAAUGGUGAAGGAUCUCGCCUGGUCGGUGAGUAUUCUCCUGAUGCCAGGACGAGGGCGUAUCUGAAGCAGAUUCCUGGAUUCCAAGCCAGGGCAUCGAAACUCCAUGAUGCUGUCAGGGCUGGUUCUUUGACGGAACUUCAGGAUUUACUUGAAGGAGACAAUCAAAGAAAAAAAUUAGUUUUAUGUAAAGAUUCCAAUGGAGUCAGUUUGCUGCAUAAGGCGGUGUAUUAUGACUUUCCUGAUAUUGUGGAGUGGCUGGUCGAAACAUAUCCUGCCACUGUGCAUAGUAAAGACAAAGAAGGACGAACACCUCUGCAUUAUUGUGGAUCGUGUAAAGAUCCUUCAGCUGCCAUGACGACUUUAUUAAAAGCAGGAGCAGAUCGAGGAGCCUUGGAUGCAAGACUUCAUUCUGCUCAUUAUUAUUUAGGUAUUUCGCUUUUCAGAGACCAUCCUGGUGAAGCAGAGAUCCCAGAAAUCGAAUCACCUAGACCUGUAGGGAAACACAAUGAUGAUGGAUUAAAUAUCAAAAGAUCCAACAUCAGGAUUUGGAUUCAUGACAAAGAUAUUGGAAAAUUACAGCAAGUACUUUGGCAAGGACAUGGUGAUAAAUUGCGAGCAGAGACUUCAAAAAAUCCACGUGUGAGGAAGUUCUUGGAAGCAGUGCCACAUUUAAUGAAUAACAUUAAAGACGUCCAUGAGGCAACUGUCGAGAAUAAAUUAGAACAACUAAUUCAAACGACAGAAGAUCCAGUGGUUCCUGCAAUACUUUCUAGCAAGGAUGCUAAUGGUCUCACACCUUUGCACAAAGCUGCAGGUCUUGGACACUCCGAGCUGGUGGCUUACAUAUUGCGCAGAUGGCCAAAUUCAGUAGAUCUGGCUGAUAAAGAAGGAAGAACGGCAGCACAUUAUGCUGCUGCAGCUCGAGAUGGGGACAAAUGCUUCGAUAUGCUGAUACAAGCAGGAGCUGAUCCGGCCAGAUUGGAUUCGAAACAAAAAGCACCAGGCUACUACAAGGCAAAACCAGCUGAAUUGGAACGAGCCCUUUUAACAGUGAUUCCAGAAGCUCCAAGAGUAGCCAGUAAGAAUUUUCCAUCAGGAUGGGAUUGGGGUAUUUUAUCAGGAGCCUCAUCACUUCAAGGUCUUAGCUCCAAACGGGGAUCACAAAUAUUUGGACCCACCACUGAGAAAAACAACGCUAAGGAAGAGCAGCCAGAAUUAGCUGCUGAAGUGAAAGAACCACCAAAAGAAGAAAGUGCAAAUGAUGAGAAACCAGGUGCAGAUGCACCGUCGUCACUUGCAUGUGAAAUAUCGAAAAAUGCAGCAAAAGCUUUAGAGGAAAGUGCCAAUACCAAAGAUGAAGCAGCAAAUGAGGAACAACCUUCCACCGAAGCAACUGAAGAAACGAAAAAUGAAGAAGAAGCCACUGAAGCUGAGAACCCUGAAGAAGCAAAUAAUGAACCUGCACCUGAAGCAGAACCAGCACCAGAAGCAGAACCAGCACCAGAAGCAGAACCCAAAACAGCUCCUCAGGAAGAACAAAUCGACGAAGAAGAAAUCAAAGCUUUGCAAUCAGAAAGUCUAUAUAGCGAUAGAAUUGUUAGAGAAUCUCCUAAAAUUGCAAACCAAGAUUCAGAAGGCAGGAGUACAGUGGAUAAGGAUGAAGACGAUGUUGUAGUUAGUGAUACUGCAGAAAUUUUGGACGUGGAAAAAGAACGGGAAAAGGAGCAGACUGAUGAAUCUUUGGAUCAGGAGGAAAAUGCAGAGAACCCAAUCGAACCAACAGACGCAGAACAGGUCAUUGAAACCAAGGCAGUAGAAGAAGAACCAACCGAGGAAGAUCCAGAAAAUGAACCACAAGUUAUAGCAGAUGAGGAAGAACAAAAUACUGGAGAUGGAGAUCAACCUUCUGAAAUAGAAAACGUUAUAGCAGAUCAGAAUGAGGAAGAACAAAAUACUGAUGGAAAUCAACCUUCUGAAACUGAAGAAAAGGAAGAAGCUGUUGAUCAACCUUCUGAAGAACAAAAGGCAGUAGAAGGAGAAGCUAAAACUGAACAGGUGGUAAAUGGUGAAGAUGAUCAGAAUCCAGCUGAAAGUAAUGAAGAUGGGGAUGGUGGCAAUCAGGAAAAUAAAUAUGAAGAUGAUUUCGAAGAGAAUGUAGAUGAACAAAAAACAGGAGGCGAAGCAAAUGCUGAUGAUGUACAAACAAAAGUGGAAGAAAACAAUAACGAAGAAUCUAACGACAAAGAAGUUGUUGAGCAGAAGCAAACUUCAGAACCAGAUGAACAAACUGCAGCACAACCAGAUGAAGAACAAUCAGAACUCAACGAGAUAGAAACGUCAACUCCCAAAACUCCAUUUUCAGAUGCAACUACUGUAAUAAACGAUCCCAAUUACCAAGUAUCCUCAGACAACGAAGAAGGGUCAGACGUACCUCCAAACCCUAUGGAUCAAAUAGAAGAAUUUCCUUUAUCAUCUACUGAUGAAUUUGUAGACCAAACUGAAGAUGAAUUGGUAGCUUUAGGUACCAGCACCACGGAGGAUGAUGAAACAAACUUACCCGAUAAUCUUGGAGAUGAAGUAUCACGUCAAAUUUCAGCCAAAACUGCAUCUGAAGUCGACAAUGCGUUGGAUGAAAAUUUAGGAGAUGAAGUGGCUAAAAUUGAAGACAAAGAACAAGAAGUUUUGGCGUCUGAUGAUUCUCAAACCAAACAAAUAAGUGAAUCUGCGGUUAUAACUGGCAUGGUACAUGGUAGUCCAGAUGAAGGAAGAUUGCAAUCUGCUAUUGUUGAUCGUAGAGUUGACGAUGAUGAUGAUGAUGAAGAAGUCACUGAUGAUCCGGCCGAUACCCUAGAUCUUUCCCACAAUAAUAAUGAUGGAUUAGAAGAUACCGAAGUGGAGUUGAUGGUCCAAGAAGCUGAUAUGGAAAGGAUGGCAGCUCUUGUUUUAAAUGGAGAAGGACAUAGGCUAGUUGGAAAGCAAUCUGAUCAACCUGAGUUGCAAGCUUUUUUGGACAAUGUUCCAGCAUAUAUGACAAAAAUCAGGCGCGUCCACGUUGCGGCCAGAGAGGGCUCCUUACGUGAUCUUCAAGCAGCUUUGGAUCGUCGCAAGUUUGCCACUGCUAAAGAUUUAACGACCCCUCACGGUGCUACGCCCCUGCAUGCCGCUACACUAUUUGGGCAUACAGGGGUUGUUCGAUAUUUAGCCGGCAGAUUUCCUGAAACACUAGAAGCCAGGGAUGAUAAAGGAAGGACGGCUCUCCAUUACGCUGCUGCUAUUCCAGAUAAUGGUCAUUAUUAUGGAAUAUUGGUGUCUUUGGGUGCGGAUACCAAAGUCGAAGAUGAUCUGGGUCAUACACCUGAAUAUUACAAUCACAAUAACGAAGAAUUAUCAUUGGAUGGAUUGCUCAAGGACUAUGGAUCUGAAGGAUAUGUCAUAAAUCAAAAUUUGAAGGACAAUGAUUUAAAUAAUUCUGUCGAUAUUCCACUUUUUCGGACUGAGGAAGGACGAUAUUUAGCCAGCGCCUUAGGAGAUCCACUAAUAAAAGGACUAACUGAGGUCGCAAACAAGAGACCGAAGGACCCAAUAUCAUUUCUUGCCACUUACCUUUAUAAUUUUGACAAUCAGAAUAAAUCUAGAGUGAAAACAACGGAAUCUGCUGUUCUAGUAACUGGAGAUGCCGAAGCACCAGGAAAUAAAGCUGAAAAUCCAGGGAAUGACCAAGGUGUACCUCAUGUUAUAGAAGCAGUUGCUAUUGAUCGAUCUUUGCCUGAAAAUCAACAACAGGAUGACACUGAUGCUCCAGAAACUGCUGUGAGCAGUGAAGACAGGGACGAACAUGGACAAUCCAUGCUGCAUUUUGCAGCAGCAAGAUCUCAUGGUAGAGGCGCUCUUUUCCAGUUGCUUCAAGAAAGUGGCAUCAGUCCAGCAUAUAGAGACGAACUUUAUAGAACUGCCAGAGAUGUUUCUGUACAGGCUGGAUUACCAGAGAAUACCAAGGAAAUCGACAGAUUUAUCAUCCAUCUUGCAGCCAGAGGUGAAGUAGCGAGCAUAACUGCUCUGUUAGUAGAAGGCUAUGAUCACAUUUUGGAUAUAGUAGAUGAGAAUGAAGUAUCAAUUAUAGAUGUGGUGCAAGAACGAGAUCAGCCAGAUAUGCUAGCAUUGCUGAAUUCUGUUAGAACUUUUGAGGAACAACGCGAAAUUCUCCACGAAUCAGUAAGACGAGGCGACUUCGAAGCAGUCCGCGCCCUUUUACUUCACCAUAGUAAUACAAGUGAAGAAGAUAAGGAACCUCCAAAACAAACUGAAGGGGCAACUAGUGACAUAGGAACUCUGCUAGCAAUUUCUCGAAAUGCCUUUGGUCGAACUGCCCUGCACAUAGCAGUAUUGAGGCAACAGGAAGAAGUUGCAGAGGCUCUGGCCAUCGGUUGGCCUGAUACUCUAAGAAUUGGUGAUAAUCUGGAACGCACACCUUUACAUUACGCAAUGGGAGUCGAGAAAGUAGAAUCGUUGAGCAGAAUUUUGAUAAAAGCAGGCGCAAAAAGAGUCCUGAAGGAUUUGAAAGGCCGACAACCAACUUAUUAUUUCAUGAAUCGAUCAGACAUUCAACGGCUUCAGGAAGAAGAGGAUGUUUAUUGA